AUGUCCGUGUUGGUUACAGGCUGCACUGGUUUCAUUGCACAGCACAUUGUGCACGAUUUGCUGGAACAAAACUACAAAGUGAUUGGAACGGUGAGGUCCGAAGAGAAAGGCGACAAGCUUAAAAGCCAAUUCCACAACAACCCUUUGCUGGUGACGGAAGUGGUCAAGGACAUUGCAGUGUCUCACGCGUUCGAUGCGCUGUUUGAGAAGCACGGGAAAGAGAUAAAGGUAGUGUUGCACACUGCUUCUCCAUUUCACUUUAAAACCACCGAAUACGAGAAAGACUUGCUGAUUCCAGCUAUUCAUGGUACCAAGAGCGUUUUGGAAUCGAUCAAGAAGUACGGUGCGCAAACGGUUGAGCGUGUGGUGAUCACUUCGUCGAUCGCUGCGGUAAAGGACACCAGCAAAUUUGCGGAAAAGGACUUCGUUUACACAGAGGACAGCUGGAACCCUGUGACUUGGGAGGGGAGCCAGAUCAAUCCCCAAGAUGCGUACCGUGGGUCAAAAAAAUUCGCCGAAAAGGCCGCCUGGGAUUUUCUGGACGAGAACAAGAAUACCGUCAAGUUCAAGAUGACCACCGUCAACCCGGCGUUGAUCUUUGGUCCACAAACCUUUGCUGCAAACAUCACCGAGUCGCUGAACACUUCCGCGGAGGUCAUAAAUGCGUUUUUGCACUCGGGGCCAGAAACAGAUGUGAGUGGUUUGAAAAACGAUUUCGUAGACGUGCGCGACGUUUCGAGAGCCCACUUGUUGGCGUUCCAGAAGGACGAGGCUAUUGGCCAGAGACUGGGCCUGUCGUCAGGUCAGUUCAACGCCAAGGACCUGGCUGACAUCUUGAAUAGGAAGUUCCCACAGCUGCAAGGGACGCUUCCCAAGUGUGCUGGCGAAGGUGCUUACCAGACCAAUCCGUAUGCCAGAUUCGACAUUUCUAAAACCAAGAAAAUACUUGGGUUCGAGCUAAAGACCUUGGAGGAGACUGUUUGUGACACUGCUGCCCAGAUCCUGAAAGCCGAAGGCAAAUUAUGA